GCGUCCAAAGCAGUCCGAAGGAAGGUGUUCCGAGCGGUUACAAUUGUUGCGGGCGAUUGGAGUGCGAUGACGAUGGCGACUACUCAGGUUAAAGGCAGCGGAUGGCCGCGACGGGCAAGUAGUAAUGCCUCCGAAGGGAAAGUCGUGCCGAACCAGUCGGUUACUAUCAACAGAACGGUGAAUCUAUAUCCUUUGACAAACUAUACGUUCGGAACGAAAGAGCCGCUCUUCGAGAAAGACCCGUCGGUGCCGGCGAGGUUUCAACGAAUGAGGGACGAGUUCGACAAGAUCGGGAUGAGGCGCAGCGUCGAGGGGGUCCUACUCGUCCACGAGCACGGGCUGCCGCACGUCCUCCUCCUGCAGCUGGGGACGACCUUCUUUAAACUACCCGGAGGAGAGUUAAACACCGGAGAGUAUGAGGUAGAGGGCCUAAAACGGCUCCUUACUGAGACUCUCGGACGACAAGAUGGGGUGAAACAGGAGUGGGUAAUCGAGGACACUAUUGGCAAUUGGUGGAGGCCGAACUUCGAACCACCCCAGUACCCCUACGUGCCACCUCAUAUCACCAAGCCGAAGGAACACAAACGACUCUUCCUGGUGCAACUGCAAGAGAAAGCUCUGUUCGCCGUACCUAAAAACUACAAAUUAGUCGCUGCUCCAUUAUUCGAGUUGUAUGACAAUUCCCAAGGAUACGGACCCAUCAUCUCCUCGUUACCGCAAUCUCUCUGCAGAUUCAAUUUUAUCUACAUGUGAAAGUGAAGCGCUAGACAAAGAUUUGACAAAGUUUUAUUUAAGUUAACCGAAAGUCGGGAUGAGUAUCUGCGAAUGUGCGUGUGUAUGCGAUGACGAGUGUACGACCGAUGACGCGUUUUCCGUAUGAAGUGACGAAACACUAUGCAAUUAAAAGAUUUUUCUAACCAGAA